GGAAGGGCGGGGCUUGAUUCUCAGAGGCUGCGUGCACUGCACGGUUUAGCCUACACCAUCGAUUACCGGCGAAACGAAGCGGGAUUGGAGUGUGUGAUCGACUUGUUCAAAGCCAAGGGAAUCAGGACGGAGAGACCUGGACGAAUAUUCAUUGAAAUCAAACGGUGAUCUCAUAUUGGAUGAGUGCCAUAUAAGAUGUAGGAUAGGCUUAACGGUUGGUUCUGACUGCAAAGUUGAGCAUUGACCACCGCUAUACCUGCGAGGGGUCAAGGACUGGACAGGUGUGUUACCUGUGGAGCGCGUGGAGGUGCUAGCAAAUGUGCCGAUCAGUCACCCACACCUAUUUGCCUGUGUGUCUAGUUUAACCCCACAUGGAUGGAUGCUACCCCGUUGGAACACAAAGACCUUCAGCAUGGUGAGCAUGCCUGCCUAUCCGAGCCCACACCUUGCCGGUGUCCUCGCUGCAGCCCUGAGCCCCAGGCUCCACCUGAAACCGUGAUUCGGUCAGCCCAUUCUAACCGGAGCACCAUGGUGUGACGAGCAACCGCUUGGUAAUCUAUCAGAGGACCCCAUUCUACCCCCAUUCUUCCCCAGUCUUUGUUGGAUACAUUUUGUCUGCCUGGGCUUCCUUUGUAACACAGGGUUUACGCAGAGCACAGCCGAGUGGACAGGGCAGCAGAGCGCCCGGAGUUUGGCAGUUCUUUGUUGCCGAGAUGGCAGCGGGACCGGAGCGGCCCGUGGCAGAGGCGCAGCACCAGGACCGGGACCAACCGCCAAUUGAGAACGGCUUCAUGUCGCUGGAGCAGACACAGGCCCCCAGGCUGCUGCCGCACGUCGACGGCUCAGUACUACCGUCUCUCGGGGGAUUUGGGAAACACCAAAAGCAGCUCGUGAUCCUGACGUGGAUACCGGCUUUAUUUAUCGGAUUUAGCCAGUUUUCGGAUUAUUUCCUUUUGGCGCAACCGAACGGCACGUGCGUACAGCCUCUGGUCAACGGGAGUAGUUGGACCGUGGGUUCUUUAACGUUACCGGUGACCGUCACGAACGGUGGCAUUGGUACACCCGUGCCUUACCUCCCCCGAGACAAUAACACUCGAAACGGUGUAGGUGACAGCGGUGGCAUGCAGUGCGCGUGCAAGGAGUGGAAGCUCGAGCUGCAGACAGGACUCAGUCAGAACGUGGUAACCAAGUGGAACCUGGUGUGUGAUUCGGCCUGGAAGGUUCACAUCGCCAAGUUCUCUCUCUUGGUGGGAUCUAUCUUCGGCUACCUGGUGAUGGGCGUCAUGGCCGACUGGUUUGGUCGUCACCCAGUCCUGAUAGUCUCGGUGCUGUUCAUGUUGGUGUUUGGUUUGAGUGUAGCGUUCUCCUUCAACGUGACCAUGUUCAGCACAUUACGUUUCUUUGAGGGCUUCUGUCUGGCUGGCCUCACUCUCUCCCUCUACAUACUGAGGAUUGAGUUGUGCCUGCCAGGCUGGCGUUUCUCCAUGACCAUGGUGGCCAGUUUCCUCAUGGUGGGCGGGCAGCUGGUGAUGCCCGGGGUGGCGGCUCUGUGUCGUGAUUGGCCCGCCCGGGAUGAUUGGCAGGUCCUGCAGAUCAUCAUCAUCUGCCCCUUCGUCCUCAUGCUGCCCUACAUCUGGAUCUUCCCUGAGUCCCUGCGUUGGCUCCUGGCCACCCAGCACUACCAACGCUCUAAAGACAUGAUGCUCCGCAUCGCCAGGAAGAACCAGGUCGACAUGACAACCGAGCCCAGUGGCGUUCUAGCAGAGCUGGAGCAUGAGCUGCAUAAGAAGCCAAAGAGGACCUGCAUUGUCAAGAUGACCAGCACCAGAAACCUGUGGAAGAACAUCGUCGUGCUCUGUGUCAACUCGUUGACUGGGUACGGUAUCCACCACUGUUUUGCCCGCAGUAUGAUGGACCCAGAGGCUCCUGUGUCGGCCAUGUUUCAUGCUGACUACUACACUAUGGCCGGAAUUGCCGUAGCAACGUGCCUGGCGCUGUGCCCAGCCGUGGCGUUCAUGGGUCGUCGGGGUGGACUGCUCACCUUCAUGAUCAUCACCGCCCUGGCAUCACUGCUGCAGCUGGGUCUGCUCAACUUGAUCGGGAAGUACAGCCUUCGCCAUGACACAGUUCUGAGGGACACGCUAAACAGGAAGUUCUCUGUGGCAUUCUCCAUCAUUGGAAUGUUCUCCUCUCACGCCGUCAGCACCCUCAGCAUCUUCUUCUGCGCUGAGAUCACUCCCACCGUCAUUAGGGGUGGUGGUCUGGGCCUGGUCCUGGCCAGCGCUGGCUUCGGCAUGCUGACGGCCCCCAUCAUGGAGCUCCACAACCAGAAGGGCUACUUCCUGCAUCACAUGAUCUUCGCUGCCUGCACCCUGCUGUGCAUCAUCUGCCUGCUACUGCUGCCCGAGCCGCGCAACCAGCCCCUGCCAGAGAGCCUUGCGGACGGGGAGAACUACACCCGCCAGCCCCUGCUCACCCACCGGCCUGGAGAGCAGCACCUCCUCCUCACCAAGCCUGGGGAUAGGGACUUAUACUCCCGGGUCCACGACACGCCGCGGCAUCUUACGGCCACCGGGGGCGCCACAGCAGCAGCGGCUACUGCUCUUGCAGCAGUGCCGACGUCAUAUGCGUAUGCUACUGGAGGGGAGGUGAUCAGUAAUAUUAUGGUGGCAAAUGGGGUCGGAGGGUCGUCGUAGCAGCAGACACACACUCCUCCCUGACACAGACUGAGGAUAGGACAGGACUGUGCUGCGGGAAUGGCUGGGACUGUCCCAAACGAACUGUCCCACUCCUGGUCACCUUCAUGACUGGCCAUGUCUGUUAUGAUCAUUCAGUCAGGAGAACAUGGAAGAAUUCCGCUUGUCAGUUUCUUCCAUGAGGAACUCUUUAAUUUUAAAACUUUAAAAACCUUCCCAUUCUGGUGAGUUCAAUGAACAAAUUAACCCUCUCAUUAGACUCAUGAUGCCAUUUUCCACGUCUUGUUUGUGAGAAAGUGGGAAAUUGAGCUUCCCCAAUCAUGGACAUUCAAGAUUUGGACAAAAACUAAAACAAUUUAAAUAAAGCAUUACUAUUCAGAUGCCCCAGGUUGGGUUUAAUGGGUGGUAAUGUAAUAGGGUGAUGGAUUAGCAGUUAGCCUGUAGAGUAGUGAUUAUGUGUGUGUCCUAAAUGACACCAUUUUCCCUAUAGUGUACUGCUUUUGACCAGGGCCUGCAUAGGCCUCUGGUCAAAAGUAGUGCACUAUCUAUAGGGAAUAGGGUACUAUUUCGGACACUCCAAUACGAUUUAGUAAGACUUUGAGGGCCUGCAAUAGAACAGGAUAUUCUUGAAACAAAAUAUGGAAUAUUUCACACACCUGUGUAUGUCUUUGCAAUGAACUGAAACUCAUUACAAUGACUUACAUGUAUUAGUGCCCACAGAGUAGUUGUUGCAGUGUGUCGAAUGAGUAUCAUGGUUUCAGCAUGGUUCCAUGCGGAGGGAAGUCAUGGUGUCUGUUAGUAAAUUAUCAGCAGAGUGGUGUACUCAAACAGCAUAGAGACAAAUGUAUAGAGCAGCAGAUCAGACACUGUAUUCUAGAUUUCAUUUGAAAUGUCAUGGCUUUCAACAGUGAUGUGUGCUCUAUGCAUUUCUUUUCCAUCAGCUUAAUUUUUUGGCACUAAAAUUCAAAGUUAAAUCAAAUUUAAUCAAAUAUUUGUCAGCCAACUCGUUUGAGGCGCAGGUUUUGGGUGAAACUUCUGUAGUCUAAAUUGAAUAAAAGUGUAGGCCGGGCCUAUAUACUGUAGCCUACUUGAUGGGUUUAUUUAUGAAUUUGUGCCUCCCACCCCCUUGUCAAAAGUCCAAGUUGGCACUUUAUCCUUAGUAGCAGUGGAAUCAAUAUGAUGACUUUAGAAAACUGAGUAUUGCUACCCCCAUUAAUGUUGGUGAAUGAUGGUUGUCUAAGCAAUGAUAUGUGAAUGACAGCUGGAAACCUCAGAAAACUGUGAUGGCUAUGGAAAUGGUUUGAACUUUGGACCUUUUUGUGGUGUUUUUAUUUCCGUAUUCUAUGGUGUUGAGUGGAUAAUACUAGUUAGUUACUAGUAUGUACAAUGUGUCCCAAAUAGCACCCUAUUCCCUACACAGUGCACUACUUUUCACCAGAGCCCAUGGGCCCUGGUCAAAAGCAGUGCACUACAUAGGGAAUAGGGUGCCAUUUGGGAUUGAGCCGUCUCCACUAUGAAACAUCUCCGUUUCUGAAUGGCUUUAUCAUGAUGAUUCUUCAGUUUUAUAAAAAACUGCACAUUUUACAAGUGGACAGGUGACUUUGAAAGAAUCGUUCAGUACUUCAGUAUUUAUUUUUGUUAUGUUGCCAAGAGCAUUCUUGUUGCUUGAAAUACCUCUUUAAUUUAGCUAAUUCUGACCUUUCCUAUCCCUGUUCUCAACACUGUGGUAAAUAAUCUUAGUAGUAUAUUGCUGUUUUUAGGACUUGUUUAAACCUGUCUCUUUAGCACGGUUAAAUAAUGGCUGGCUAUGCCACGAAGGACAACGUCUAUAGGGGUUUUGAAAUGGUUCGUGUCUCGAUUAUUAGGUUAGUGCAAUAGUGUGAUCUAGUUAGAAUAGGUGUAACAUACAAAUGAUUAAUACACACCUUACAUUGGUAUUCAAUGUGUCAUUCAUUGAUAAUGCAUGGCAGGGUUCCCCAACUGGCGGCCUCGGGUGAUUUUUAUUUGGCCCCCCAAGGUUUCUGAGCCCAAAACAAUCAAAUAAAAUAUUAUUUUUGGGGGGACAGAAAAGACUGUAAAAACACCAGCAAAUCAGCUCCAACUGAUUUUAAUUUUAUAAAUCUGUUCCAAAGUAUUCACACACAUAGAGAUUAUAUGUGACCGUAUACAAAUAAUAAGCAAGGUUUGAAAUGAUUAUGUUUUAGUCAAAUAUUAUGUAUAUUUGGGCUUCUUUCGGUCAAUUUGCAGUCUACAAAUGAUUUGUAACUAUGUUCCGGGCCCCUGACCGUCCACUCAAGAAAAUAAAUAUCGGCCCGCGGCUGAAUCUUGUUGAUGAUCCCUGAUGUAUGGACUAUCAUAUUUUAUGUACUAGGCAUAUCAAAUAGUUUCAUAGGACAAUUUGUCACAUGAUGUGCAUAGAUGACCUUAAAAGGCCAAGUAUACUCUAUACAUUUCUACCAUUAACCAUAUUUGACGCAAAUGGCACAUAUUUUGACAUAAUGGACAUCUUGUAUUGUUUAUUUGGUAGUUUGUAAAUGUUUUUAUCAAUGAAAUGUUGUGGUAAAAGAAAUGAAAUUCCAUGAGUGAUUGUCAACCACUAAUAUUUUCUAAAUGUUUAUUUUUAUUUUUUAUAUAUGAUGUACUUGUACAUAUUAAAACCAUAAAUGUUGUUUUGAUAAUAAACCACUUCAUUUAUUGGUUAUGUCAAUAAAUGAACACUAUCGAGGUGAUACAUG